CGGUACGAUUACUCGCGGUGCCCCUCAUGCAAUGUUACACUCACCUUCUCUCCCUCCUUCCAAAAAAGCUCGGCGGCGAUGAAUGACCUUUCGCUUCGAACAAGGGCCAGCGUUCAUACCAUCAAUAAACAAAGUUCCAGUUUCAGAUCUCUCUCUAUAUAUACUCUCUCAUGUCUUCAGUCUCAAGGCUGAUCAUGGCGAUCUCGCUCCGGAUGCCCCCGCUGUCGUCUCCGCUUCACUCCAAGUGGCCUUGCAGAACUACUUGGAAUCCCUCUGUUGGUUUGAUCCGGCGAUCGUUUGCUGUUAAAGCUUCGGGGUUUGCGAAUGAGAACCGGGAGUUUGUUAUAGUGGGAGGAGGGAAUGCUGCUGGUUAUGCGGCGCGAACUUUUGUCGAGCAUGGCAUGGCUGAUGGCAAACUCUGUAUCGUCUCCAAAGAGGCUGUUGCACCUUACGAGCGACCAGCUUUAACAAAAGGUUAUUUGUUCCCUGCAGAUAAGAAGCCAGCACGUUUGCCUGGUUUUCAUACUUGUGUUGGUUCUGGCGGGGAACGACAAACUCCUGAUUGGUACAAGGAUCAUGGUAUUGAGGUUUUAUAUCAAGAUCCAGUGGUAGGCUUUGAUGCCCAGGCACAAACUUUGACCACAUCAUCUGGAAAACUACUAAAAUAUGGUUCUCUUAUAAUCUCAACUGGCUGUUCAGCCACAAGAUUACCAGAAAAAAGUGGAGGUAACUUACCUGGAGUUCAUUACAUUCGUGAUGUUUCUGAUGCAGACUCACUAGUAUCCUCACUGGAGAGAGCCCAAAAGGUGGUUGUGAUUGGUGGUGGAUAUAUUGGCAUGGAAGUUUCAGCUGCAGCUGCUGGCUGGAACCUUGAUACAACUAUCAUAUUUCCAGAGGAUCACUUGAUGCCAAGGUUAUUUACUUCUUCUCUUGCUCGAAGAUAUGAAGAACUUUUUCAUAAAAUGGGCAUCAGGUUUCUGAAGGGUGUUCGUAUUGAUCAACUGGAGGCUGGUCCUAAUGGAAGGGUUGCUACUGUUAAACUUGGAAAUGGAAAUACAAUUGUGACAGAUACGGUUAUUGUUGGGAUUGGAGCAAAGCCAGUUGUCAGCCCCUUCGAAAUGGUUGGCUUGAACACUUCUGUUGGUGGGAUCCAGGUUGAUAGUCUCUUUCGGACAAGCAUACCUGGUAUCUUUGCUAUUGGAGAUGUUGCAGCAUUUCCCCUGAAGAUUUAUAAUCGGGUAGCACGAGUGGAACAUGUUGAUCAUGCUCGAAAAUCAGCACAACAUUGUGUUAGAACUUUGCUUACUUCCCAUACGCAACCAUAUGAUUACCUUCCAUAUUUCUACUCAAGAGUUUUUGAGUACGAAGGGUCUACGAGGAAAGUUUGGUGGCAAUUUUAUGGGGAUAACAUUGGUGAUACAAUUGAAGUUGGAAAUUUUGAUCCAAAGAUUGCUACAUUCUGGCUUGAUUCUGAUAAUAGAUUGAAAGGUGUAUUCCUCGAGAGCGGUAAUCCUGAGGAGUUUGAACUCCUACCACAACUCGCCAGACGACAACCAGUCAUUGACAGAGCUAAACUUAAGGAUGCUCCUUCUGUAGAAGCUGCUUUAGAGAUAGCAAAGAAUUCCAUGUCUUGAUCUACCUCACUGGAUCAUUGCUUCAUUGAUGAUGAAGCUCUCAGAUUACCUAUCACAAUAAUUGCUAUCCUCGCUUCCUUCAGAAACCAUUCUGUUUCAUAUGCAUUAUCAGUAUGUGAAACAAUUUCAAUUUUGAAAUAAUGUAUCAUUUAACUAAUUAAAUGCAUUUUAAAAUUUCGUCUGUUGUUUUUUUUAAUUUAUACUGUGGUUUCUGUUGAAGUAUUUUGUGAACCACUUUUGAGGUUGCUGCAGCUUGCACAAAAUUAUGUACGGAUAUUAUAAUUGGAUUAUAUAUAUACUUUGUGUUCAGCUAUUG